AUCAAAGCGACGUUUCCAGAAACGGCUCUGAGUGCCAUGGCCGUUUUGUCUGCAACGAAUUCGGGAGCAGAAUCUUUCGGGACAACUGUCUGGGACAGUCAUGGAGGGCGCGGAAGUUCUUGACGGUCUCCUCGGUGACAAAUUUGAGUUCUCUGAAAAAGAAGUCAAGGAGUAUGCACAGGAGAUUGGCAUUGAUCCAGAAAAAGAGCCACAGCUUAUGUGGCUUGCCAAGAAGGCCAUGGCUACCCAACUGCCGACUGGAUGGCAGGAACGUGAAGAUGAGAGUGGGAAAAUUUACUAUUACAACUGCCAAUUAGGCACAUCCAUUUGGGACCAUCCCUGCAAAGUGCACUACUGUCAGCUGGUGGUUCAAGAACGUGAGCGUGUCCUGCACACGCCUGGCGAUGGGACUUCUGCUGUGAAGAACAAGAAGAAAUUGAAAGACAAACCAGAAGGAAGGAAAAGGGCGAAGGAAACCCUCAAAACACAAGGAGAUUCAAGAGACAGCGAUCCAGGUCAAGCAGAAGAUAGUAUUAACAGGACCAGUUGUGGAGACCAUGGUUCCGAUUCACCACAGCCUCAGCUGUCAGGAGAGUUCCUCUGCUCUGAUCUUCCAGAGAGCGCUCUUGAAGAAGGAGAGCAAAGUUUGGUAAAGAACAAGAAGAAUGAGCCUGUUAGCAGUGAAUUGGCUUGUCCAGAAGCCAUAAAUGGCCUGCAAAUCCUUGAAGAGGAUCCUGAUGAAGAGAUGACGUUCUCUGAAGAAGAUAUCAAGGAAAUUGCACAGGACUUGGGCAUUGAUCCAGAGAAAGAGCCUCAGCUCAUGUGGCUUGCCAAGGAGGCCAUUUCUGCUGUACUUCCUCCAGAUUGGGUUGCUUACCUAGAUGAGCAUGGAGAUGUUUUCUAUUGCAACUGCCAUUCAGGCGCAUCCACAUGGGAACAUCCUCGGGAUGUGCAGUACCGUAAACUUGUGGCUCAGGAGCGUGAGCGCAUACAGCACGACACUGCUCUCUUGACAUCGGAGGGCAAAGAGAACAUGGAAAAAACAAGCGGCUUCAGAGGCGCUGAUGGGGAUUCAACAGAAGAGAAAAUCAAGACAGAUGUGAUUGGCAAGGCCCAAUCUGAGAACCACUGCGAUGGGUUUUUUUUUAAGUUCAGAGGCGCUGAUAGGGAUUCAACAGAGGAGAAAAUCAAGACAGAUGUGAUUGGCAAGGCCCAAUCUGAGAACCACAACAGUGAAAUACCACAGCAAAAGCAACAACCACAGUCUGGAGUCUCUGAAAAUUUGGCUUGUAAUGACAAUCAACCAGGGACAAAUGCCAAACACAAAAGGGAGAAUGAAGCAGGCAAGAGUAGCCACCUUGUGUCUGCAGCAGGCACAUGUAUCUUACAGAUCCAUGAGGAUCACAAGAAUGAAGAACUCUCUGAAGAAGAGAUUAAGCAGUAUGCACGUGACAUAGGCAUAGAUCCGGAGAGAGAGCCAGAGCUCAUGUGGCUUGCCAAGAAGGCCAUGGGUGAAAAACUGCCUCCAGGAUGGUUAGAGCGAGAAGAUGAGAGUGGGAACAUUUACUUUCAUAACGGCCAGUUAGAUACAUGCAUUUGGGAAAACCCCUCAAAAAUGCACUAUAGUCAGCUGGUGGUUAAAGAGCGUGAGCGUAUCCGGUGCACAGCUGUUGAAGGGACUUCUGCAGUGAAGAAGAGCAAGAAGAAAACAAAAGAAAAACAGGAGGAAAGGAAAAGGGGAAAGAGGAAGAAUUCUUGUCGUAACCGUACGGAUUUAGCAGAAGAGAUUACAAAGACCAUGAGUAAAUCACCACAACAGCAGAUGUUCGUAGAGCUGCUGGAUUCUCAUAAUUUGGCAACAGAUAUGGAAAAAGCCAAGAAGGAAGAUGAAGAAUGUCAUAAGGCUGGGAUUCCUUUGAGGCAUAAUGAACUUUCGGAUAAACCACCUCCUCUAAAAGCUGACAAAUUUGAUACUCAAUUAUCUAAUGCCUCAGAUGUUGAGAGCACAUUGAAAAACACUCAAAUUCUAGCAGAAAAUAAUAUGGGUGAGAAGGAGGAGCCGUACAGGACUGAAAAGGAGCAGGGUGAUCUGAAACAGAGAAAUGUAGAGAGAGAGAACAACAAGGAAGUUGAUAUGGGGGGGAAUGACAGAGAGCAUUUAAUUAGGGAGAGGGAGACAAAAAUGCAUUCUCUCCAAAAGAUGAAACGAGAGGAAGCGGGGGAACUGUGUCAGUUUAAUUGUGAGAUGGAGAUGAGAAUGAUUCCGCCCCAGAAAGACCUCGGGAUAGAAGUACUCAAGUGUUUGACUGGGGAGAAAGAAACAGAACGACGACUCCAUGAGGACCAACUGGGUGCAGAAGAGGAGGAGGUGAAGAUGUUAAAUAAGGAGAGGGUGUUGAGAAUAUGCCGCUACCAGGAGCAGCUGAAGAGAGAGGAAGAGGAUGAGAUGGAGAGAUUGAGACUUGAAAAGGAGACGAGACUACUCUACUAUGAAGAACAAAGGAGAGAAGAACAGGCAGAGGCAGAGCGCUUAAUGAGGGAAAAGGAAAUAAGAAUAGAACACUACCAGAUGGAGCUGAAAAGGGAGGAAGAAAAGGAAGUGGAGCGCUUAAAGAGGGAAAUGGAAGAUAGAACAUGUCUCUAUAAGAAGCAACUGAGUAGGGAAGAAGAGAAAGAGGUGCAACAAUAUAAAAAGGAAAGGGAGAACAGAAGGCAUAUCUUGCAGGAGGAGCUCAGGAAAGAAGAGGGGGAGGAGGAAAAGGAAGUAGAGCUGUUGAAGAAGGACAAAGAGCUGAGAAGACAGAUUUACCUAGAGGAACUGAGGAAAGAGGAAGAGCAAGAAGUUGAACAGUUGAAGAAGGAAAAAGAAAAAAGAAUGUGUCUCCUGAAAAGAGAGGAUGAUAUGGAGAUGGAAGGGUUCAAAAAAGCAAAAGAGAUGAGAACAAUUCUCCACCUGCAGGAAAGGAAGAAAGAGGAGGAGGAGGCAGAUAAGUUCAAACAGGACAAAGAGACCAGAGUGUAUCUUUUUCAGAAAAAGAUGAUACAAGAGGAAGAGGAGGAGACUCAGCGGUUGAAAAAAGAAAAGAUGCAAAUAUAUCUUUGCCAGGAAGAGCUGAAGAGAGAGGAAGCAGAAGAGUUGGACCAAUUGAAGGCAGAGAAAAAGGGAAGAAUGUUUCAGGUCUGGGAACAGCAAAGGAGAGAGGCAAAGGAAGAGGAGAUCAUUAAGGAGGAAACGAGAAAAAAAGCAGAAAUUGAAAAAAAAGUUGAAAAAAAAAUGCUACUCUCACAGGAGGAGCUAAAGGGAGAGGAAGAAGUCAAGGCACAGCAGCUGAUGAUGGACAAGGAGAAAAGAAUGGCUCUUUUGUCAGAGGAGCUGAGUCAGGAGGAAGUUGAGGAGAUUCAACGGUUGAUGCAGGAGAAGGAGUCUAGAAUUCAUCUCAAGCACGAAGAGUUAAUUCUAGAGGAAAAAGAGGCUCUGAAGCGGUUGAAGAUUGAGAAGGAGGAAAGAAUGCAGCGUCGCCAGGAGGAACUGAUGAGAGAGGAAGAGGCAGAGAUUGAGGAGUUGAAAAGGAAGGAGGCACAAAUAAGGAUUGAGAUGGGCCUCUGCAAAGAGAAGUUAAUGAGAGAACAAGGCGAGAAGGCAGCGCAAUUAAGAAGAGAGAUGGAAAUGAGAAUGUGCUUAACCCAAGAGGAGCUGAAAAGAGAGGAAGAGGAGGAGGUGAAGCGGUUGAAGAAUGAAAUUGAAAUGAGAAUUAAACUCUGCCGGGAGAAACUAAGGAGAGAAGAGGAAGAGGAGGUAGACCAAUUGAAGCAGGAGAUGCAGGCAAGAAUGUGUGACCACCGCGAUAGGCUGCGAAGAGAGGAAGGGGAAGAGGUUGAACAUUUGAAUACUGAAAAGAAAGUCAAAAUGGAACUACUCCAGGUGAACCUUAGAAGGGAUGAAGAGGAGGAAGCAGAACAGUUGAAGGCAGAGAAGGAGGCUAGAAUGCGUCUCUAUUGUGAAGAGUUGACAAAAGCGGAAAAAAAUGAGGUGGAAGAAUUGAAAAGGAAGGAGACAAAUUUGAAAUCUGAGAUGGAGAUGAGGAUGCUCCUCUGCAAGGAAGAUCUCAGGAAAAAAGAAGAGGAUGAGGUGAAAGGGUUGAAGACACAGAAAGAGAUAAGAAUGCGCCUUCGCCAGGAAAAGUUGAGAAGAGAGGAAAUGGUGGAGAUGAAACAAAUGAAGACAGCGAGGGAUACGAGAACACGUCUCUGCAGGGAGGAGCUGAAGAGAGAGGAAGAGGAGGCUGUGAAGCAGUUGAAGGCAGAAAAGGAAAUUAAAAUGCAUCUCAACUGGGAGGAGCUGAGACGAGCGGAAGAGGAAGAGAUGGAGUGCUUCAAACAAGAUAAAGAGAUGAGAAUGCAUCUCUGCAGGGAGGAGCUAAGAAGAGAAGAGAAUGAAGUGGAGAAGUUGAAGGAGGAGGAGAGGAAAAAAAAAAAAGAUCUGGAGAUAAGAUUGUGUCUUUGCCAGCAGGAGCUUCGGCGAGAGGAAGAUGAGGAGGUGGAGCGUUUGAAAAACGCAAAAGAGGCCAGAAUAAGCCUGUGCUUGGACGAGCUAAGGAGAGAGGAAGGAGAGGAGGCAGAGCGUAUAAAAAGGGACGUUGAGAGGAGAAUGCAUCUUCACCAGCAGGAGCUGAUGCGAGAGGAAGAAGAGGAGAUGGAGCAUUUGAAGACAGUGAAGGAGGCAAGAGUGAAACUCUUCCUGGAAGAACUAAGCAAGGAGGCAAAUGAGGAGUUUGAGUGUUUGAAGAGAGAGAAAGAGAGGCGACUGUGCUUCCAUCAGGAAGAGUUGAGAAGAGAGGAAGAAGAGGCAGUAGAGCGUCUGGAGAAUGAAAAGGAGAGCACAAUGCAGCACCGUCUGCAAGAGCUUAGAAGAAAAGAAGCAGAGGAAGUACAGCAGUUUAAUCAGGAGAAGGAGAUGCGAUUAAAGAUGGAGAUGGAGAAAAGAAUGUGCCUUUUCCAGGAGACGCUGAGAAGAGAAGAAGAAGAGGUUGCAGAAAAUUUGAAGAAAAAGAAGGUGAUUUCAAUCAGUAUUUACCGGGAGAAACUGAAAAGAGAAGAGGAGGAGGAGAUGGGACGUAUGAAGAGGGAAAAAGAAAGUAGAAUACUUCUCUAUCAAGAGGAAAUCAGGAAGGACGAAGAGGAGGAGACACACCUUUUGAAGAGAGCAAAGGAGGCAAGAAUCUGUCAACAAAAGAAUGAGCUCAAGAGAGAGGAAGAGGAAGAGGACCGGUUAAAGAAGGAUAAUUUGAAGAAGAUGUGUGCUCGGCAGGAGAAAAUGAGGAGAGAGAGAGAAGAAAAUGUGGAGUGGCUAAAGAAUGAAAAUGAAGCAAGAUUGCAUCUCUGCCUGGAAAGCGAGAAAGACAAGAGAAUCAUGUGCCAGGAGGAAGUUAUCCAAGAGGAGGAUGAAGAGUUGCUAGCCAGAGAAAAGGAGAAUCAGCUAAAUGAAGAGGCCGAACUACUCAGGAGGGAAAAGCUAAUGCAUUUUUGUGAAGAGCUGAGGGUAGAGCAACAGGAAGAUGGUACGGAGCAGUUAAAGAACGAGAAACAGAAUCCACAAAGGGAGGAUGAUAUGGAACUGCUUGAAAGUGAAAAUGGAACAAAAUGUCUUCUCCAAGAGAAACUGUGGCAUGUGGAGGAAGUGUUGAGGACUGACAAGAGAACAUGUCUCCGUCAGGAGAAACUGAUUCCAAAGAGCGAGGGGGAAACGCUGGACAUGAAGAGAACAUAUGUACAACAAGAGGAGCUGAGAGAUGAAAAGGUCUCACAGUAUUUGAAAAGAGAAGGGAAAAGGCCAUUGCAUCUCAAUCAGGACAAAGUCAGCAUAGAGGAUGACACUGAAAAAUUUGAGAGAGAGACAGAUAAGAGAACAUGUCUUCGCCAGGAUGAGCUGACGCAAGAAGAACAGGAUGAGAUAGAACGACUCAAGAAGGAAAAAGAGCAAAGACUGCAGUGCCGCCAAGAGGAGCUAAGGAGACAGGAAAAUGAGGAGGUACAGAUGUUGAAGAGGGAAAAAGAUAGAAGAAUUCUUCUCCGUCAGGAGGAGCUAAGAGUUGAGGAAGAAGAGAAAACACAACUUUUAAAACAGGAAAAAGAAAGAAGAACACGCAUCCGCCAGGAGAAACUGAAGAGAGAGGAGGAAGAAGAGGUGGCACGCUUGAAGUGGGAAAAGAAGAAGAGAACUCGUCUUCUGCAGGAGAAGCUGUGGAUCGAGGAAGAAGAGGAGAGGUUGACCCGAGAGAAGGAAAAGAGAGCACGUCUCCGUCAGAUGGAGCUGAUUAGAGAGGAAGAGGAAGAGCAGUUGAAGAGGGAAAAGGAAAAGAGAACGCGUCUUUGCCAGGAGGAGCUGAGCAAAGAGGAAGAGGAAGAGGCAGAAAGGCUGAAAAGGGAAAAGGAGAAAAGAAUGAUUUCACACCAAGAGGAUCUCAAGAAAGAGGAAGAAAAAGAAGCAGAACAGUUGAAAAAGGAAAAAGAAAAAAGAAUGACUCUUCUCUUGAAGGAGAUCAAGAGGGAGGAGGAGGAAGAGCGCUUACAAAAGGAGAAGGAAAAGAGGAUCCGUCUCUGUCUGGCUGAGCUAAGAGAGGAAGAGGAGGAGAUGUUGAGAUUAAAGAAGGAAAAGGAAAAGAGAAUGCAGCUCUGUCAGGAGAGGUUACAAAGAGAGGAGGAAGAGGAGGUGGAGAGGUUAAAAAGGAAGAAGGAGAAGAGAAUGCAUCUUUGGCAGGAGGAGCUGAGGAGAGAGGAAGAGGAGGAGUUGGAGCAGUUAAGGAAUCAAAAAACGUGCCUCUUCAAAUUGGAUUUGCAAUGUGAAAAGGAGGAGGAGUUGGAGAAAUUAAUUCAUAAGAGAGGCAAGAAAAUGCGUCUCUGUCAACUGGAGCUUAGAAGGGAAGAGGAGAAGAAACUGAAGAUGGAGUACAAGGAAAGGCUGAAGGCUUUGCGGCAGUGUCUCUUGGCCAAGAGGCGAGACGAGGAGGCAUUGAUAUCUGAAGGAGGAAUCCCGAAAGAGGAAUUAACAGAAACAGUCCAGAAAGAGAAAGAAGAAAAACAACUUAAGAUCAGGCAGGACCGUGAAGCUGUUCUCAGAGCACUUUGCACCACACUGGAAGAAAGGUAUCAAAAUGUGGACCUGUCGGCUCAGCCUACUCAAAGGAGACCGUACCUUGAGCAAUUGAAGGGAGAAUCAGAAGAGGCGCUGCAGGAGGAGAACAGCAGGCAUGAUGACGACGGUGUGAAAAACGUGGAUUUAUUCCAACCUGAGCUCGGAGACAUUAAGAUCCCUGAUCUGACCGAUUCAUUCUUCUGCGGGACUCUUGAUCUCAUGGGACAGGCCACCCCGGCGACAUGGCCAAAGUAGCAGCGUCGGAACAAAGUUCAGAAGUACCAUGCAUGUCCUGCCAUUGUCCGUAGAUUGAAUGUGUGCUUGCUGUCUUUGUGCUUAACCCUGCUUACGAGCUUUCAGUGGUAGGGAAAUCAUUUUGUCACUUUUCCUUUCAAGCAAUUGUGAAUGCAUCUUAUAUACUUCUACACAUUGAUAAUGCCCGUCCGUACAUUCUACAACGCUACUCCUUCUACUCAUUAGGGUCAAAAGGUCAAAGUCCAAAUCUGGAUCGGUUGCUGUAGGGGGAACAUUUUCUGAUAAGCAUUACAUCUCAUGAGCUGAGACAAUUUAGGAUACCCAAUGUAUUUUAUUGAACCUUAAAAGUCGCUUGGUGCUGUUUA